CAGCCGGCGGCACGGGGGCUCGGGCUCCAUAAAACCCUCGGCCGGGCACAUCGCGCCCACCCGCCCGGCAUGGAGAGCCGGCCCCUGCCCUCCUACGGCCGCCGCUUCGGCCCCUCGGUGCCCGGGUACCGGCUGCUCCUCGGCAGCGCCCCGGGCCGGCUCCGGGCGCCCCGCAGCCCCCAGCUGAGCCCCCGGCCCGGCUCGGGCAGGAUGGAUUUCUCGCUGGCCGCGGCGCUCAACUCGGAGUUCAGGGAGACGCGCACCAACGAGAAGGUGGAGAUGAUGGAGCUCAACGAGCGCUUCGCCAGCUUCAUCGAGAAGGUGCGGCUGCUGGAGCAGCAGAACAAGGCGCUGCUGCUGGAGCUGAGCCAGCAGCGGGAGCGGGAGCCCUCGCGUGCCGACAGCUACCGGGAGGAGCUGCGGGAGCUGCGGCGCCGCGGGGAGCACUUGGCCACCGCCAAGGCCCGGCUGGAGAUGGAGAGGGACAACCUGGCCGAGGAGCUCGGCAGCCUCCAGCAGAAGCUGCAGGACGAGGUGACCCUGAGGCUGGAGGCCGAGAGCAACCUGGCUGCCUACAGACAGGACGUGGACAAUGCUGCCUUGGCUCGCCUGGACCUGGAGCGGCGCGUGGGGACCCUGCAGGACGAGAUCGCCUUCCUCCACAAGGUCCACGAGGAGGAGCUGCGGGAGCUGCGGGAGCAGCUGGCCCGGCAGCGGGUGCACGUCGAGGUGGACGCGAGCAAGCCGGACCUGACAGCCGCGCUGCGCCACCUCCGCAGCCAGUACGAGGCCAUGGCCGCCAGCAACGCCCAGGAGACCGAGGAGUGGUACAAGUCCAAGUUCGCAGACCUGACGGACGCGGCCGCCCGGCACGCCGAGGCCCUGAGGGCGGCCAAGCAGGAGGCCAACGAGUACCGGCGCCAGCUCCAGGCCCUCACCUGCGACCUGGAGGCUCUGCGGGGCUCGAACGAGUCCCUGGAGAGGCAGCUGCGGGAGCUGGAGGAGCGCUAUGCCCUGGAGACGGCCAGCUACCAGGACACGGUGGGGAGGCUGGAGGAGGACAUCCAGAGCCUCAAGCAGGAGAUGGCCCAGCACCUGCAGGACUACCAGGACCUGCUCAAUGUCAAGCUGGCCCUCGACAUCGAGAUCGCCACGUACCGCAAGCUGCUGGAGGGCGAGGAGAGCAGGAUCACCAUCCCUGUGCAGAGCUUCUCCAAGCUGCAGAUCCGAGAGACCAGCCUGGACACCAAAUCUGUGUCAGAAGCUCACGUGAAGAGGAGCAUCGUGGUCAAAACUGUGGAGACCCGAGAUGGAGAGGUGCUGAAGGAGUCCAAGCAGGAGCCCAAGGAGGGGCCGUAGGGCGGGGGAGCCGCAGCAGCCGCAGCCCCGCAGGUCCCACGGGAGCCCCGGGCCGGGCACGGGGCACGGGAGGCGUCGGUGGCGCUUGGGGGGCACCUCCCUCCCGUGCACCCCUCGCCUCUCCCCGUGCCCAGGGUCCGGUGGCACCCCGUUAGGGGCUGGCAGCCGGCAGAGCUCCGGUCGGACCGGGCAGCACCCGCGCGAGGCCGGCGGAGCCGGGUGGGGCCGGGAUGCUCUCAGGUUUGGGGGCCCUUCCUGCCUCAUCCUGGUCUCCAGGGAGAGUCUCUGUCCUGUUUCAUCUCCGUGCACCCUCAGACAACACGGUGGUGCCAAGAGCAUCUCCCUGCAUCCACUCUCUGGCCUGGGAGGCCUCCCUGCAUCUCCCCAGGGCACCCGGACCCUGACACCCUCGGCUGGGGGGACGCAGGGCUGAGGUACCGGCUGGAGAGGGACAUUUCCCUGUCACCAAGCACUGGGUGAGCUCAGCUGAGAGGCAGGGCAGGGGGGAGAAUGGAGAGGCAGGGAGGGAGAAGGAGGAUGAUGGAGAGGCAGGGGCAGGAGAAAGAGGAGAGUGGAGGAGCAGGAUGCUCUUGGGAUGGUGUCAAGCAGUGACAAAAAGGGCAUCAGGAGGGGAUCCUGAGGUGUCUGGGGUGGGUUGUGGGGCUACACAGUGGCCUCAAGGGCUUCUCCUGGCACAGAGCCAUGGGGCUGUCCUGAUCCCACUGGGUGACUGCCACCAAGGUGUCCCCAACACAGGAAAAACAGGAAAAACCAGACCUGAGGGGUGACCCAUGGCCCUGUGGCAGGGGAAUCUCAUGCAGGUGAAAAUGGAGAGGAGACAAGAAGGGUGCAGAGGAGGAGGAACAGGAGGAAGGUGUCAGGGCACCUGUGAGGGUCUCACAGCCCAAGGUGCCACCUGCAACCAAGGAGUGACGGGGGAGUCUCGUCACUCUGGGAGCCAGGGACUCUGGGGCUGCCCCAGCCACAGUCCCUGCCCCACACACAGCUGAGCCCACCCUCCAUGGGCAUUCAGGAAGGGACUGGAAGAAAUCCCUUGUCCCUGGGCUGCACAGGGCCCUACCUGUCCUCCCCCCGAGCAGCACUCGCCCCCAGGGCCAUUGCCCAGCCCGGUGCUCGCCACAGCCCCGACCCCACCCUGGCUGCAGCCACUGACCACGAGCAGGACCUGCCUGGUGCCUCCUGACACAGAACGAGGAGCCAGCAGCACCUCCCGUGCCCUGAGAGCCUUUGGGACGAGCACACGGCUGCCCUCGGGCGCUGUCCCCUCUGUCCCCUCGGUCAGGGGCUGAGCAGCUCUGCUCUGACCCCAGACACACAACCCAGUCCCAGAGCUGCGUUCCCAGGGCAGGAGGUGUUUUGGAGAGCUGGGUGGUGCCCGGGGCAGGAAUGCAGGGGGAUGGGACACCAGGAGCAGCCUCCCUUGCUGCCGAAUUAAUGCACUAAUGCUGCUGCAGGAUGAGAAUAAA